GCUUACUUCCGCCAGCGGACCGGAAGCGCGGGGCGCGCUGUGAGGCGGGGCGGAUGGGGUCGGGUGGCGCCGCCAUCUGAGGUGAGCUUAGGUGAGGCGGGCUCCCUCGGCCCCGUGAUGCUGACUUUCGCCGCGCCCGCCGAGGAACCGCGCUCCGACCUUCGCUCUCCCUUUUCUUUCGUUCAGCUGCGCUGUCUCUGUGGAGAUCUUUGAAGUACAGUCUGGACCCGGCUGUCGGCAGAUGGGAUGUGCUGUGCUCUGCUCGAGGGCAGCUCUGGCUGCACGCCUUAACCCCUGGCCCUAAGCGCAGGGCAGCCCCGAGGCCUUCCCACCAUGUGACCCAGCGCUCCUGCAGCAAAUCGCUUCCUUUUCCAAAGAAUGAACGUAUGUCGAUGGUGUACACCGAGUGGUCUUGAUGCCACCGAAUACCUGAAGAACUAUGCUUCUAAACAGUUGUCCCCAGAAGAUUUUGAAGGUUCCAACGAUGAUCUCUGUUACUGCUUGGAGUGUGUGGUUGAAUACCACAAAGCAAGGGAGAAAUUGCCAAGCUUGCAUCAGGUUUUAUUGGAAUUGGAAACCUCCCGUCUCAUAGCCCACAUUGAAAAAUCCAUGAGAGAAGAAGCUGGAGAAGAUGAUGAGUUGUUUAUAGUGGAUGAGAAUGGGGAGACGCAGCUGCCUGUUUAUGUUGGCCCAGAUUUUGAGAAUAACCUGCGAGUGCCACUUUUGGAAGUGCUGAAAUACCCAUAUCUGCUGCUGCAUGAGAAAGUCAGUGAGCUUUGUGUGGAAGUGCUGUGUAGAAUGGAAGAAAGUCACACCUCCUUCCAGGUUUUUGAGAAAUAUCCAGGAAUUUAUCUAUUUUUGGUACACCCAAAUGAAGUGAUUCGUCGAUGGGCCAUCCUAACAGCAAGGAAUUUAGGGAAGGUUGACAGGGAUGAUUACUAUGACUUACAGGAAGUGUUGACUUGCUUGUUCAAAGUUAUUGAAUUGGGGCUUUUUGAGAGUCCAGAUAUUUACAGAUCUUCAGUGAUUGAAAAGGGUAAACUCAUUCUUCUGCCAUCCCAUUUAUAUGAUACUACCAACUACAAGAACUAUUGGCUAGGGAUUUGUAUGCUGCUAACGGUACUGGAAGAACAAGCUAUGGACUCCUUGUUACUGGGCCCAGACAAACAGAAUGACUUCAUGCAGUCUAUACUUCACACCAUGGAGAAAGAAGCAGAUGAUGAUUCUGCUGACCCCUUCUGGCCAGCGCUGAAUUGCUUCAUGGUUAUUUUGGAUCACCUUGGAUCUAAAGUGUGGGGUCAGCUUGUUGAUCCUGUCCAGGCCUUUCAAACCAUUAUCAACAGUGUGAGCUACAAAAAUGAAAUAAAGAAUAUACGCAAUAGCUUUCAAAGGAUAGUGGGUGGAAAACUGCUAUUUGUCCUGACUACUGCCCCAACAUGUAUGAAGAUAUGCAAACACUGGUUAAUGCACUUCAGUCUGAUAUUGGCAGAGAUACGCGUAUCCAUCACAGCACGUUUCUGUGGUUCAUCCCUUUUGUUCAGUCACUAA